UUAAAAUAAGAAAAUAUUUCAAAAACAUUUUGAAAGUAGUUGAACACUGUAUAAAAACUAAGAUGGCUACUGAUACAAAGAAGGAUAACCGGAUGGAGGUAAUAAGGCGCCAGUUCCAGCUACUGGAAGCCCACACCCGGUGUGAAGAGAACGUCAUGUCACAACCACACCCAAAUGACGGCAACCUCUACUGCAAUGCUACGUUUGACGGAUGGGGUUGCUGGAACUACACGCUUGCUGGUACCACUGCCUUCAUACCAUGCCCUUCCUACCUGCCCUUUAACCCAGAUGAAUUCGCCCAUCAAGACUGUGACGAAAGCGGACACUGGAAGAUCCACCCACUCAAGGGAUCGCCCUGGAGUAACUAUACGGCCUGCAGGAACAGAACGCAGAAACAUCUUCACGAUCUCGACGUUGACGACGACAUCGGCUACAUCUACGUCUUCAUCGUCGGCUUUUCUCUGUCCAUCUUACUGCUGCUCAUAUCGCUCGCCAUAUUUUUCAGCUUCAGACAACUCCGAUGUGAACGACUGACUCUGCAUAAGAAUCUCUUCAUAUCCUACCUGCUUACUGGAAUAUCGUGGAUCUUAUUCCACGUCUUCGUCACUCUCGAUGGAAAUGUCAUCAUUGACAACCCUCUGUGGUGCCAAGUGAUGCACGUCUUCGCCCAGUACUCGACGGUUUCCAACUUUGCCUGGAUGUUUUGUGAAGGACUCUAUCUGCACACCAUCAUGGUGCAGGCUUUUCGAACCGGAAAGGGCUUGCUCAUAUCCUGUUUCGCCAUUGGAUGGGGUGUUCCUCUGUUGCUGACAAUUAUAUACACGUCACUGCGGGCGACCAUAUCCGAACACAACAACCAAUGCUGGAUUUUUGACGAUGGUUUGUUAUGGACAUUAUACGGACCCGUCGUUGCGUCAGUUGUGGUAAACAUUUGCAUCCUGAUUAACAUCAUUCGCCUCCUGGUCACCAAGCUGAGACAGAUCCCUGAAGCGUCUCAGAGCAAGAAGGCGGCACGUGCGACGCUUAUCUUGGUUCCGUUGUUUGGCUUGCAGUAUUUAAUAUUUCCCGUCAGGCCAAGCGAAGACUCUCCUCUGAAUGGCUUCUAUCACUACUUUAUUGCUUUGUUGACGUCACUGCAGGGCACUCUGGUUUCCAUUAUGUACUGUUUCUGCAAUGGAGAGGUUGUGGCUGUUCUUCGCCGGAAGUGGAAUCAGCACCGGUUAAUGACUGGGCAUGGGCGUAAGAAUCUGUCGUCUGCAACCAUGUACACGGAAGCGUAUUCCGCCGUGCAUUCCUCCAAGACGGACCUGUCCUGUCAGAAGUCUAAAGUAGCGCCUGACAUGCACAACAAGCAGCUGGAUUUAGUUGAAAUGAAGCCUUUGAACGUCGAGGAAACGAACGGCAUCCAACUGAAUUGUGAUUUAUAAUUGUCAAGCCUUUGUGUGUGAAGCCCAAGAUCUCUUUGUGAAGACAGUUGUAAUACAUUAACAUUAUUUGGUGUUUUAAUAUUUAGUGUUACCAGAGCCCCUGCUUAAUGAAUCUGAACUCGUAUCUUUAAUUACGUCGCGCGCAUGCAUUAUGUAUUGUGUUCCCAUGACAUCAUUAAAGUCUUACAUACGUUUUAUAAGCACGAGGCUUGGCCUUUGAGAAAUGAAACUUUGCUAAAAAACCAAUUUCAAAAACAAAUGCAGGCAUUCCAUUUCGUUUUUGUGUAAUCCGGCAUGCCGAUGUAAUUGAUGCCGAUGUAAAUGUAAUGUGCGAACGAAAUAUCAGUUACGCAAAAUUAGACAUCUGUUACUUAUAUUACAAAGAUGGUGGAUAUUCCACUGUGCCGUUAGUAUGCUACUUGUUGCCAGAAUUUAACUAUGACUUUCUUCUGGAAUGUUCCGAUUGUUUUAUAAACAUGGAAAAACACAUAUAAUUAGGCUUCACACUAAAUGUCCAAAACAUAUCUUUAAAUAAAACUCUAUUCCAAAUUGUUUUGCUUAUGAGCGUACAUAUGAUAACAGAAGCGAUUCCAAAACGUUAUCUCCUAAUGUAGGCGCUUCUGUGAUUUUCCAGGAAUGAACCCAUUACGGUAAUUCAUAUUAAAUUGAAGUUUAAAAGUGUCAAAUUGGAAUGUCACAUUAGAGCAUAAA